AUGGCAUCAUCAACAGUCACCCGGCUCUAUAAUUGCGCACUGACGCUUCUCGGGAAGAACAAGCGCUGUUACAGUUGGGUUGCAGCACAUACGACAGCCCUCCUUCUAGCCUCCAUCGUCCCUCUCCCAUUCAGUCGGCCUCUCGGGAUCGUCAACUUGGCGUAUCAAUACACACCGGCUUCAUUUCACAUGGCCCAAUCUGCGGUUGAAGAUGUCACUUCAACACCCCUCUCUCUGAUUCCAUUUCCUUGGCUCGCGGUCUUUGAAACGACAAUGAAUUCCGGGUUGGACCGUACUACCUCAUACCAUUUCGUUCCCCCCUUGCUCAUCGUUCCCUAUAGAUACUUGUCGAACAUCGGAGCAUCGACUAUGCUUGAAUCAACAAAGAAUUUAGUUCUCCAAAACUACAUGCAACGACAAACACUCGCUCACCGGUCCUUGACGGGGUUCCUUCUAGAACGGAAAUGCAAGGAAAUGAAAACACGAUUGAAGAGCCGAUUCCCCAUCCAGAUGUACUCUGAUCACCCCUCUCCCCCGUUUCAACCACGAGCAUUCAUAUUCGGGGUCUGGGCACUUACUCAUAUCCUGCGAUAUCUUCCUCGCCCGUGUCCGGACGCACAAUGUACUACGGCAUCAUCAACAGUUACCCCACUCUCUGCUGGUCCCCACACAUGGUGGGGCGACAAGCGUUUGUUCAUCUGCUCUUCAUUAAUAUCGCUCAUUUCUUUAAGCCCCGCCCCGCCUUUUCUACGCCUUGAACUUCUGACUGGAGCACUUUCUGUACCUUCGAGUCUCCUUCCCGUGGUCCUUGCUCUCAUAAUUACGAUUCAAAUCUCUUCGUAUCAGACUCUCUAUCGCUUUCCCAAUCGCAAGUCCUUGCCCUGUUUCUAUAGUCGCAAUGUAAUCGGGUUGGUAAAAACGUCUCCUCUCCGGCGAGCCGUCAGAACUGCCUUUUCGCUCGCCCCGAAAGGAGAACGGAAACCCAUUCUAAACCACGCGACUCGCACACUAAUCAUACAUCCGGAUCAGCGCUCUGAUGUCUAUUUAUCCGUUUUGACCGCGUCUGUGAUACUCUAUCUUCAUAUCGCCCGUUUCUUUAUGCCAUUGCGACUCGGACUGAUUAUCGGGUACUAUUUAUACCUUCGAGUCAACAAUGAUGACGAUCUACCCCGUGAUGUGGCGGCAUCUGAUCCGUUUAUCCAUCUACCGCUACGUACGCUGAAGCGCGUAGUCAUAACGAUCAAUGAAACCGCCUCCGAUCAGAGGAGAGAUGACGAUUCCUUCGAUGCGGUGUACAUAGGAGGCUUACUUUGCGGUGAUCAUGGACUUAAGUCUGACUCUGAAAAACGCCAUCUUGAGGUAACCCGGAUUAUCCGUUCCUGUCCAAUUCAACGUUCAACUCCCGCUGUCAGAACUCUUUAUUUUAGCGCGUUGAACUUCUACGUCCUUUCUCACAUCACAACUGGCAAACACAAAGUCUAUACAGUCUACAUCACGAAUCUGCCUGCGCUGGACAUACCUCUUCUCCGGUACGCCUCUCGGACCUCCUCUCCCACAUUCAUAAUUCCCGGAUCUUGUCUUCUCGAGGAUUCGCAUGCGGGGUUUGAAACUGCGCAGCUUCACUCGUGUCAAUCCCUGCCAAGCGUAUUAGGAGCAUGA